AUUGUCUAUCAAUUAACGCCUUAUAGUUUGCUAAUGCUUUGGCUCACAGUAUGGCUAAGAGUGCUAUCGAUAUGUUUACCCGAAGUCUUGCCUAUGAAUUAGGGCCUCAAGGAGUGCGAGUCAAUAGCAUUAAUCCGGCUCAGAUAAAGACUCCGGUUUACGAGAACUUCGGUAUGAGUAAAGAGGAGGUCGAGAAGAUGUGGUCAGAAGUGAGUCAAAAGUAUCCGUUGCGAAGACCGGGAGAGCCCAAAGACGUGGCCAAAGCGGUGGCAUAUCUGGCGUCGGAUGACUCGUCGUUUGCGACGGGAGUGUCUCUCAAACUGGACGGAGGUUUCAUGGAUUCGCUUCAAUUCAUUUUCAGC